GAUUUCAGACGUUCAGACAAGAGCUGUUCCGAGAAGUAGGAAACUAAUACAUGUAUUAUAGUUACGUUCAGCGGCUUUUACAAAAUGCUUCCGCGUAUAUUACAAUCGUCUUGAUCAGCCGGCGGAUUAUUAUGCAUUAGCUUUUGACAUUCAAGCAGUCGGUUUUGAUUGAGCUCCAGACUACAGCCGCCAUCAUGAGUCCCGAGGGAAAGAGCCUGCUCAACAUCAUCGUCCUGGGCAUAGGCUUCAUGGUCAUGUUUACAGCCUUUGGCACCUGCGGGAAUAUUGAACAAACCGUAAUAAAGAGCUUCAACAGUACAGAGUUUCAUGGAAGUGGCUACACAAGCAUGGCGAUCAUCUACGCUGUCUUCUCCACCUCUAACCUCAUUGCGCCCUCAGUGAUCGCUGUCGUCGGACCGCAGCUCUCCUUGUUUUUUAGUGGUCUUGUUUACAGUGCGUACAUUGCUGUUUUCAUCCAUCCGUACACCUGGUCUUUCUACACCUUCUCUGUGCUGCUGGGAGUCGGCGCUGCAGUGCUGUGGACGGCACAGGGCAGUCUGCUCACCGUCAACUCUAAAGACUCCACCAUCGGGAGGAACAGCGGCAUAUUCUGGGCCUUGAUGCAGUUUAGCUUAUUCUUUGGGAAUCUCUACAUAUAUCUUGCCUGGCAUGGAAAGACUCACAUAACAGAUAAGGACCGGCAGACGGUUUUCAUCACACUCACAGUCAUCAGUCUGGUGGGAAACUUCCUCUUUUUCCUGAUCCAGAAAACCGAUCCAGAAGCUGCACCUGCCCCUACUGAAGCCUCUGAGUCACUUCUGCCAGCAGGAAUCUCCGACAGCGGCUCUGUGGCUCCAUCACAGGGCCUGGGCUCUCAGGCAUUGAAGGCAUUUAAGAGAUCCAUAGAGCUGGCCAUGACCAAAGAGAUGCUUUUACUCAGCCUACCCUUCGCAUACUCUGGUCUGGAGCUGACCUUUUACAGUGGCGUGUAUGGGACAUGUUUAGGGGCCAUGACUCAGUUUGGAGAAGACGCCAAGGGUCUGAUCGGCCUGUCUGGGAUUUUGAUCGGUGUGGGUGAAAUAGUUGGAGGUGGCAUGUUUGGGAUUCUGGAUAAGUGUAACCGCUACGGCAGGAACCCAGUGGUGUUUUUAGGGCUGCUCACUCACAUCGUGGCCUUCUACCUGAUCUUCCUCAACAUCGCCAGUGACGCUCCGGUCGCUCCAGAGGACGGUACUCAGAUGCAGGCCUUCAUCCAGCCCAGUGUGUCCGUGGCACUGAUCUGCAGUUUUCUGCUGGGUUUCGGCGACAGCUGCUACAACACCCAGCUCAUCAGCAUUGUGGGAUACUUGUUUCGGGACGACAGCGCUCCAGCUUUCGCCGUCUUCAAAUUUGUACAGUCCAUCAUGGCAGCGGUGGCCUUCUUCUACAGUAAUUACCUGCUCCUGCACUGGCAGCUGCUCAUCAUGGUGCUGCUGGGCUUCAUGGGCACCAUCACCUUCUUCAUGGUGGAGUGGUCUGUGAUCCGCAGCCGCCGCGACUCAGACUACGGCAGCAUCUGACAGCGCAGAUAAACACACACUGCACUGACGGGACACUUUCCUCUACACACCCACUGCUGUACGUUCAGAUGCUGGAGCGCGAAGUGGCCAUUCUGCUUUCUGUCCUAGACCCUUUACUUGCACAAGUAGAGCUGUGGUGAAAAAUCAUUCGAGAUUUUCAAAAUGCAUCGCUGUUCUCUCUUGAAUCAGUUGUGAGCUUAGCUUAACAGCAGAUGGCGCU